AUGCAGCCUCAGUUCUUAUACCACCUGCUAGGGAUCUGGCUGCUACUGAUCCAGCUUCCAAGAGGGAUUCCAGCUUAUAGGGACGAAACUGUUCGGGUAUGUGGACGCGAACUUAUGCGCAUUGUGUUAGAUAUCUGUGGCAGACCGAAGGGGCAGACUGAGCUUGGACGAAGGCUUGGAAUCCCAUUUGGACACUUGCCAGAUGCACAAACUGUAAACAGGAUGUUGGUAUCCAAAGCUAGUUUGCAAGAGGAACUGAUUUCAACCAAGUCUGAGAGUCAGCCAUCACUUAGGAAGCUACAACCUGCACUACAGGAGGCCAAUCUUAAUUCUGAAGAAUUUAAGAGAAAUCAUCCUACCAGACCAAAUGUGGCAGAGGACAAUGAAAAUGAUAGUCUCUCAGAAUUAAACAACUGGGUCUUUGAUAAACAUUCCCGCAAAAAGAGGGACGUCCAUAUUGGACUGAGUUCAAAGUGUUGUAAACAAGGCUGUUCCAGACAAGAGAUUGCAAGAUUCUGCUGA